AUCACUCGCCCAACUCUCUUCGGUUGGAACAAUUUGGUAGGCGCACGCAGCACAAAGUGCGCAUAUUAGCCACCCUCAUCGCAUCCUGAAACUAAUUGGAAUAGACUUUUGUUGAUCGUGAAAUUGAUUCAUCAAUGGCCGCACCACCGGCAAGGGCUAGAGCGGACUAUGAUUAUCUCAUAAAGCUUCUUUUGAUCGGCGAUAGUGGUGUUGGUAAGAGUUGCCUUCUUUUACGUUUCUCUGAUGGUUCCUUCACUACAAGCUUCAUCACGACUAUCGGAAUCGAUUUUAAAAUUCGGACCAUUGAGCUUGAUGGAAAAAGAAUCAAGCUUCAGAUAUGGGAUACAGCUGGUCAGGAACGUUUUCGGACCAUCACUACUGCUUACUAUCGUGGAGCCAUGGGUAUAUUGUUGGUGUAUGAUGUUACUGACGAAUCCUCCUUUAACAACAUUAGGAACUGGAUUCGUAACAUUGAGCAGCAUGCCUCAGACAAUGUCAACAAAAUUCUUGUAGGGAACAAGGCUGACAUGGAUGAAAGCAAGAGGGCUGUCCCUACGGCAAAGGGUCAAGCACUUGCAGAUGAGUACGGAAUUAAGUUUUUCGAAACUAGUGCAAAGACAAAUCUUAACGUGGAACAAGUUUUCUUUUCAAUAGCAAGAGAUAUAAAGCAAAGGCUUGCAGACACAGACUCCAAGGCUGAGCCCUCAACGCUCAAGAUUAAUCAACCAGAAGCAGGAGCUGGAGGUGGUCAAUCUGCCCAGAAAUCAGCUUGCUGUGGUUCAUAAAAAUGGUUUGAAUAUCAUAAGGUGCAGUUGCACUUACUAGGGCUCUAAACCAUCAAGAAAAUCAAAAGCUAAAGUUGGAGGCGAUAUCGUUGGCGCUUGUAAUAUCUUUAUUGGUCAUUCUUUUGAAAUUUAACGUGUGAAAUUUAGGUUUGACUAUUAUUUGAGAAGGCAAAUUUGUUGCUAACACCUUUCUAGUUUCCUUCUUCAUUAGCUCUCAAAGACCUGUAACCUAGCUGUUUAUGAAUCUUAAUGUGUACGCAAAUACAACUUUUAAUGAUGGGUACCUGGAUAAGAUUUUAGUGUAA